GCUUGGUUUCAUUCGUACCGAUGGUAACCGGGGUGGCCGCCCCAAGCUGGCCGCUGAGGGACUCGAUCCUCUCGUUGAAGCCCUUCCAGUCCUUGGCAGCUGCAGACCGGACUGGUCCACACACCGCCCUCCCUGCAGCGCUCACUACUACCCACAACAACGGAGGGUAAGAGUCACGGCGGGACCGGUGUUUCCCGAGUUCGCAUCUAGUUUUGAAAGUGAUGUGUCAGCCUCACCAGGGUAGACCUAUUGGAUUAUUUUAAAGAUGUACACCGAUUGUCAUCUGUAGGUGACUGGAGCUCAAAGCGCAAAACACUUUCUUCGCUUCAGUGGAUGAGAGCUUUGCAUCCUACAGCCGAUUCCAUCGAUUCCCUUUAGUAUUCCUUUGCGAUGCCACAGUUGCGGGACGUCCUGCACUGGGCCGCGCUCCUCCUUCUCCUCCGCCCUUCGGGGGGCCGCGCCCUCCCCGGCCCCCCCGCCUACCCCCGCUUCACCCGCAACGACACGGACUUCCAGCACCUGCUGCUCCACCCGGACCCGGCGGUGGGCACGGUGUACGUGGGCGCGCGGGACCACCUCUUCCAGCUGGACGGCCUGGAGGGGCUCCGCCUGCAGCAGGAGGAGACCACGGGCCCUGUGAAGGACAGCAAGGACUGCCUGCCCCCCGUGACCGAGGCCAACUGCCCGCAGGCCCGGUGGACCAGCAACCACAACCAGCUGCUCCUGGUGGACCCCUGGGCGGGCGAGCUCAUCACCUGCGGCAGCGUGCACCAGGGCACCUGCCAGAAGCGCAGCCUGACCUCCGUGAGCCAGGUGCUGUUCUCCAGCGAGCGGCCCGUGGACACGCAGUACGUGGCGGCCAACGACCCGCGCGUCGCCACCGUGGGGCUGGUGGCGCGGCCCCGCGGCGGCGAGCGCGUGGUCAUGUACGUGGGCCGGGGCUACACGGCCAGCCACCCGCCCAUCUCCACGCGCCAGCUCACCGCGCUGCCGCUCUUCUCCUACGAGGAGACGGCCAAGCUGGCGGUGGCGGGCCGGCUGUCGGAGUACGACCACCACUUUGUGGCGGCGUUUGCGCGCCGCUCGCACGCCUACUUCCUGUUCUACCGCCGGGACAUCCAGGCGCCGUCGCGGGAGUACCGCACGUACGUGGCGCGCGUGUGCCUCGGGGAUGUGUCGUACUACUCGUACGUGGAGCUGCCGCUGCUGUGUCGCUCCUCCUCCUCCUCCUCUCCCAGGACUUAUAACCUGCUCCAGGCAGCACAGGUGGGACAGAGCAGGGGUCCGGACGGGGACACCCUGCUGGGGGUCUUCGCGGCCCACCUCAGCUCCUCCUCCACCUCCACCUCCAGCAAACCCACGGAGACCUCCGAGGCCUCGGCCCUCUGCCGCUUCUCCCUGGACCAGCUGGACCGCAGCAUCGACUCCACCCGCGACCUGUGCUACACCCAGGACGGCCGGGUGGAGGGCGGCGGCCAGGUGGCCUACAUCGAGUACGAGGUCAAGUCCAGCUGUGCCAACCUUCUCACGAACACCCUGGAGGCGUAUCCCUGUGGCUCGGACCACACCCCUAGUCCAAUGGCAAGCCGGAUACCAUUGGAGGCCGAAGCGGUAUUGGUCAGUCGGUCCGCCCGUCUCACCGCGGUGGCAGUCGACGUCAGGGAGGGCCACAGCGUCGCGUUUCUCGGGGACUCCAAAGGAAACCUUCACAAGGUGUUCCUGGGCUCAGACGGUCAGGUGAAGACGUACGCCGUCGCGUCCGUCCGACCCAACGCGCCGAUCCACCGCGACCUCCUUCUGGACCACAGCCGCGCCCAGAUCUACAUCAUGACCCGCAACACGGUGGAGAAGCGGCCAGUGUCAGAGUGUGGAGACCACCUGGACUGUGACUCCUGUCUGUCUGCCAGGGACCCCUACUGUGGCUGGUGUGUCCUCGACGGACGGUGUGGUCUCCGGGAGGACUGUCAGCGAGGCUCCCUGGGGGGCCACUGGCUCUGGAGCUUCGACGAGGCCCAGCAGUGCCUCUCCAUCCAGGAGCUCAACGUCUACAACGUCAGCCGCGGGGACCAGACCCCGAUCCGAGUGUCCGUCCCGGGACUGCCCGCCCUGGGGAAGGAGGAGGUCUACUCCUGCUUCUUCCAGGACACAGAAGCCCCCGCCAUACUGUCCACCACCGGCGUCACAUGCUCCACCCCCGACGCCGGCAUCCUGCCCCUGAUUGGCCAGGGGGACGACUCCGUGAUGGUGACCCUGUCACUGCGCUUCCUCAACGUCACCGUGGCUGAGACGCAGUUCACCUUCUUUAACUGCAGCCUGGUCCAGCUGCUGUCUGGACGCAGACCUUGUCAGGGCUGUGUGGGGAGUCGCUGGGGUUGCAACUGGUGCAUCCACCAACACCUCUGCACCCACAAGCACACCUGCGACCACGGGGUCACCAUCUACAACCAGAAGGUUGAAACCCCCAUCCCCACCAACUCACAAACCACCAAACCAGAGGCCCCCCCGAUACCCACUGUCUUAGCUGGUACCCCUACAACUAUAAUCACAAUGCCCAUGACGACCCCAACGCCAACAACCACAACCACAACAACCACAACGACAACAACAGCCACAACCACAACAGCCACAACGCCACAGCUAUUGCCCACAGCCACCAUUUAUCCUAGCCGGACCACAGAGGCCGUCUCUCCGACCACACCUUCAGGAACCAGCACAACGCCCAGCCCCUCCGCCGUCCCGCCCUCCGUCACCCCUUCCUCCCGGGCCGCCACCGACCCACACACAGGCGCUCUCUGGAGCUCCAGCGUCGGAAUGGAAGGAGAUCACCACCGCGCCGCAGGAACCACUGCAGAAGGCAUAGAUGGCUCCGGUUCCUCGGCCCCCUCUGACGGGCGGGAAACGCCCGACUCUUUCUCUAAAACGACAUUACCCAGCGGCGCUAGGGGCAAGGAGGGAUCCGACCGCAGCACUACAGAGCCGAUGGCUGAUUCUGUAGGCUGGUCCGCCUCUGAUCUCAGCUCCACCGCCUCCAGCGCGUUAAGGACGCUGGCCGGCUCUGGAGAGGAGGUUCCCUUGGGACACUCUGAGGAGCUUCUGACGGACGUCUCAAGGAUGGAUGAGGGGAAGACGGUGACGGAGGAUCCGGCACUUUCCUCUGCGUGGCCUUCCGGAGCCCAGGGCACUGAGCAGACACAGACACACUCUAUUGACCGUGAGGUCGAGGCGGGCUAUGCGGCUUUGUACCAGUCAGAUGCUGCAGACUCCCCUAGACUUCUGCAGGAGUGCCCCUGUGUGGAGAAGGUCGAGAGCUCCUCUCUACUCCCAGUCAAUGUGGAGAGUAAGAUCACUCUGCUCGGACAACACCUCCACCUCUUCCAGGACGAGGAUUUGGACUACGAGUGUGUGUUGGACGUGGAGAGUGGCUCCGUCGUGGUGGAGGCCUCCGUCGAAACACAUCCUACGGAACAAACCAUCUUCCUCAUCACCUGCCAGCUUCACCAGUACACCUAUAAGGCUCAAGUGGAGGAGUACCGGGCUGUCGUCAACAUCAGAAGGAGGAACAGCUUUGUGAUCGACAGUGCGGAGGAUUUGCACGUGACCCUGUUCAACUGCUCGGUGGGGCGCUCCGACUGUAGCCGCUGCCGGACGGCCGAGCCGCGCUACGGCUGCGCCUGGUGCGCCGCUGACUCCGCCUCCAGCUGUGUGUUCGGGCUGUCCUGCACAGAGGAGGUCACGCACACUUGCCCCGCGCCCGUCAUCCACUUCAUUGACCCAGUUUCUGGCCCUGUGGAGGGGGGGACGGUGGUGACCAUCUCCGGCUCCAACCUGGGUCAGAAACCAGAGGACGUCGAGAACUCUGUGACUGUCGCCGGUGUUCCUUGUCACGUCAUCCCCAGCAGAUACGAGGUCUCCUCCAGGAUAGUGUGUGAGACCACGGGCAGUGGAGCAGAGAAGAGUGGCCAGGCAGUGGUCUCUGUGAGGGGAGGGGGGCACGGGCGAUCCACUCACGUCUUCAGCUUCCAGGACCCCAUUCUGACCAGCGUCUCCCCACUAAGGGGGCCCAAGGCGGGGGGCUCCCGGCUCCGCAUCAGGGGCCACCGGCUGAGAACCGGCCACGCCGGGGAGGUCAGCGUCGCCAUCGGAGGAGUGCCAUGUCUUGUACUUACUAUCGAUGAUGAUCAGAUCAACUGUCAGAGCGGAAGCAGCAACCGAACAGGAGACCACGGUAUCACCGUGCGAUUCGGUGGGACCGAGCGCCACCUACAGGGCAUCACUUAUCACUACACCCCCAACCCGAACAUUACAAGGGCUGCUCCGUCCAAAAGCUUCCUCAGGGGCGGGAGAACCAUCCGGGUGUCCGGGCACAACCUGGACGUGGUCCAGGAGCCCAAGCUCCGGGUCACCCUCAGCCCGCCGGACCCACUGCCCCCCCGGAGGAGGAGGAGGGGGAGGAGGAGGAGGGCCGUGGUGGGCGGGGGUCCGGGAGCCUGGGGGAGACUGAGGAGGAUCGUUCCAGAACCGGACUGCCCUGAGGGGACGUUGUGUGGGGUCAAACAGCACGAGUCUCUGUGCACGGUGAUCAGCUCCUCCAUGAUCCAGUGCACCAGCCCAAGCGUUGGCCCCGAGGCCAGGAGGGCCCGGGUCCGCGUCCACUUCCUGCUGGACAGCCUGCAGUUUGAGUUCAGCAGCGUCAGCGGCGGCGGCGGCGGCGGCGGUGGUGAGGCCUUCAGCUACCAGCCCGACCCCAUGCUGUUCCCGCUGAACCGGAAGGACCGCAGCAAGCCGUACCACCACAAGCCCGGCAGCAUCAUCUCGGUGGAGGGAGUCAACCUGGACCUGGCCAUCUCCAAGGAGGAGGUGGUGGCUCUGAUAGGGGACGGGGUCUGCACCGUGAAGACCCUGACCCACCACCACCUGUACUGCGAGCCCCCGGCCCAGCAGCCCCCCAGACCGGUCCGACGAGGGGAGGAGGGGCUGAACCACCUGCCAGAGUUCACGGUCCAGAUGGGGAACCUGAACUUCUCGCUCGGCCGGGUGCAGUACGACAGCCAGGCCCAGAUGAGCUUCCCCCCCGAGGCCCAGGUGGGGGUAGGGGUGGGGGCCAGUGUGGUGGCGCUCAUGGUGCUCAUCAUCGUGCUCAUCUACAGGAAGAAAAGCAAGCAGGCGAUGAGGGACUAUAAGAAAGUGCAGAUCCAGCUGGAGAACCUGGAGACAAGUGUCCGAGACCGCUGCAAGAAGGAGUUCACAGACCUGAUGACAGAGAUGAUGGACAUGUCAAGUGACCUGGUGGGCUCGGGGAUCCCCUUCCUCCAGUACAGCACCUACGCAGAGCGCAUCUUCUUCCCCGGCCACCAGGAGUCGCCACUGAGACGUGAGCUGGACGUGCCAGAGGGACGCAGGCAGACCGUGGAGCAAGGACUCGUUCAGCUGUCCAACCUGCUCAACAGCAAGCUCUUCUUAACCAAGUUCAUCCACACCCUGGAGGUGCAGCGGACCUUCUCCCCCAGGGACCGGGCCUACGUGGCCUCCCUGCUGACUGUGGCGCUGCACGGCAAGCUGGAGUACUUCACGGACAUCCUGAAGACGCUGCUCAGCGACCUGGUGGAGCAGUACGUGGCCAAGAACCCCAAGCUGAUGCUGAGGAGAACGGAGUCAGUGGUGGAGAAACUCCUGACCAACUGGAUGUCCAUUUGCCUCUUCACCUUUCUGAGGGAGUCGGCAGGGGAGUCCUUCUACAUGCUGUUCAGGGCCAUAAAGCACCAGGUGGACAAGGGCCCAGUGGACGCCGUGAGCGGGAAGGCCAAGUACACGCUCAACGACAACCGCCUGUUGCGCGAGGACGUGGAGUACCGCACGCUGACCCUGAACGUUCUCAUCCCAGCUCCAGGGGCCGACGCUGGCUCCGCGGCCCAGACAGCGCCAGCCAAGGUCCUGGACUGUGACACCAUCACCCAGGUGAAGGAGAAGAUCCUGGAGCAGACCUGGAAGGGCACCUCCUUCUCCCAGAGGCCGCACGUUGACUCUCUGAACCUUGAAUGGCGUGCAGGGGUCGCAGGUCACUUGAUCCUGUCUGACGAGGACUUGACAUCUAUAACCCAGGGUUCCUGGAAACGGCUCAACACAAUACAGCACUACAAGCUCCCGGAUGGAGCAACAGUGGCUCUGGUCCCCCGGAACGGCAAACAUCAGCACCACUACGACAGCCACGACUAUAUGCCUGGGGAGAAGACCCCCAUGCUGGAUGAUGGAGAGGAAGGGGGCGUGAGGCUGUGGCACCUGGUGAAGGCCAACGAGGAGGCUGAGCUGCCCAAACAGAGAAAGGGCAGCGUGAGAGAGCGGGGGGGCGAGCGAGCCAAGGCCAUCCCGGAGAUAUACCUCACCAGGCUGCUCUCCAUGAAGGGCACGCUCCAGAAAUUUGUGGACGAUCUGUUCACGGCGAUCCUCAGCACCAGCCGGCCCGUCCCCCUGGCGGUGAAGUACUUCUUUGACAUGCUGGACGAGCAGGCGUCGCUGCACAACAUCACAGACCCAGAGACCAUCCACAUCUGGAAGACCAACAGCCUUCCGUUGAGGUUCUGGAUCAAUAUUCUGAAGAACCCCCAGUUCAUCUUUGACGUGCAGGCCUCAGACCAUGUGGACGCCGUUCUGUCGGUCAUUGCUCAAACCUUCAUGGACUCGUGCACUAGAGCUGAGCACAAGCUGGGACGGGACUCUCCUAUCAACAAGCUGCUGUACGCUAGAGACAUCCCCCGCUACAAGCACAUGGUGGAGAGGUAUUACGCAGACAUUCGUCAGGCUAUCCCCGCAAGUGACCAAGAAAUGAACUCUGCUCUAGCAGAACUGUCUCGUAAUUAUGCUGGGGAAGUUAACCAUCUCGUGGCCCUACAUGAGUUGUAUAAAUACAUCAACAAAUAUUAUGAUCAGAUCAUCACAGCCCUGGAGGAGGACACCAUGGCCCAGAAAAUGCAGCUGGGCUACAGGCUGCAGCAGGUAGCUGCUGCUGUGGAGAACAAGGUCACUGACCUAUAGUGCUUCACAUGUCUUCACCUCAAGAAGCAGAACAAUCUGGGCAUGGCUCCUGAUUCUUGAGAGUCAAGAUAAACCGGUUUUUCUUUUAAACGGGGGACCAAUGGGGAAAGAGGACUGAAGGGAGCACAGAGUUCAAGUGACCACGGUGGACAGAAAUGAACGUCUGAGAGCUUCAAGCAAUUCCACUGUCAUUGCAAUGACCUGGAUCAUAAGGAGGAUCACCUGGUGCUUGAUUGUUAUCGCCGUUCCUCCACACAGUGGGCUGUUCUUAACUGAAAUGGAAGGACUUGGAAGACAUGUGAGGGGGAAAGAGCCCUCUUUGCAACAAAUCCCAUGAGGUCCUUUACUUUGAGGGGGGCAGAAGAAGGGAAGAGGGCAAGUUACUUGAGUUACAUGUUGAGUUACAUGUGUCUUGAAGGACAGCGAGAAAUAUUCCAGUGUGAUGUUUACAUCUAAACUCAUUUGUCUUCUCCCAGAGGGAUGGAUACAUGUUAUUCGUACAUUAUUUAAUCAUGUGGAGAAAUGGAAAAAGGAGAGGUAUUAAGAAGAACAAGUAUUAGAGCCGCAAAUAGCCACGAUUUGUCUUAUUGUCUUUAUGUCUUAUUUGGGAAGAAGAGGACAGUAAUGAAAUUAACAGAGCAAUGGUAGUGAUGGUAGUGACCGGAAGUCUUUAAAGGGAGUCGAAGGAGAAAUGAGAAAUGAGAAAUAAGGGUAUGAAACGGAUACGGAGGACCAUCGUGUUUUUUUUUCUCCAAUAAAUUGAGAGAGUUAGCUGAUAUCCAUUGAAGCAAAUGUAGCAGAUAAGGAGUGAGGUUGAAUACAGCAUUCCAGCGUCACCAUAGUAAAGAUAUUUUAACGAUAACGCUUCUUUAUGCACAGUGAAUCAAAAAAACUAAAAUUUCAAAAAAAUUACAAACACAGAGAUGUUUGGUGAGCGCUGGCCGUAUUGGUAAGAAAAUGGUACGGUCCUUGACCUAAGAAUAUGGGAAAGUGGAAAAUAACCAUUUUGCCCCAAAAGUCACUGUAUUCCUUUGAAAUGUCAAUGUUUUUAAAAUGCAGAGGAUCUAGUGUGUCUUUAUUCAGUCUACCCAACUUACUAAAACUGUGUUUAAUGUCAAACAUAUAACCCAUGCAGUUCUAAAAUAUUACUUCUCAGUAUUGAAAAUGCAAUAAUAUGAUCUUAUCUGUCCCAAUAUGAAAACCUGAAUAUAUUGAAACAUAAGUCCACAUUAAACAAACGAUGCAUUCGUACCUUUGGCAAAAUAAGCCUCUUUUGCUCUCUCAUAGUGCAGGACACAUUCAGAGGAAGAUUUGCCUGUCAUCAUUUCAUUAGUCUUGCUUAAUUCGAUAAACACCAAAUGUGUAUUAUAUUAAAUGUUUCAAUCUUUUCUUUUUUAUAAUUACAUUUUUUAUUUUUUUUAAACCCGCUGAAUGUGACAAACAAAUGAACUACCUUGUGCUUUUAAACGGUCCCUGGGUUAUUUUUGAGUUUGCAUCUGAUACAAAGCAUUCUGUGUAUUGUUUGUCUUUAUUGCAGUUUAAUUUAUUAUUUAAUUUAUUUGCUUGCCAAUCAUGUUGGUAAAUUAUCUGUGUGCAAAUAUGUGAAAAUAUCUAUCUAAUAUUAAAAAAAACGGCAUUGGAUGAAAUCAGAUACCAUGCACAAUUUAGAAAAACUACACAACUGGAUUGAUGUGAAAAUACAAGAGGAUGUUUUCUUUGACCCUACAAAAAAAGAGAAAGAAAAAUCGUUCUUUCAAGUGUUGCUGUUCUUUUCUUAUCUACGUUACGCUGAGUUCCAUCUCCAACUGGGAUCCCCGAAUGGUGUUUGGGUUUUUCCAACUUUCUUUUACAUUUUCUAACUUUUUGAAUACAUGAGCAGAUAGUUCUUCAUGCGAGUAGUUACCUUGUACAGAAAUUACACCACAAUUUGGCUAUCUAUACAUAUCUAGUAAGUUGUUUUUUGUAGAUACACAUUACGCCUGGAUGACCAUGCUGGCACUUGCUUUACUCCUAACAACAACUGAAUGUCAUGUAAUAAAGUGUUUCAGAUGUUGAAAUUAUUUUUGUGUC